UAUUAUAAGACCUCCACGAAAUCAGAAAACACCAUUACUAAUUUUAUUGACACACGUAUGAGUCUUGUCUUAUGAAUUAAAAAAUAGUUGAGUGUAUGCUUUGUACAGAACGUGAGAAGAGUUAACAAUAUAUUUCUUACGCGCAAUGAGUUAUUUUUUAGAGUUAUGUCAUAUUUUAGUAUUUAUGUAUUUUUUAAAUUUAAAUAGUGGACAAAUUCUAGGAAGAUGUCCUAAAAAAGAAACUAUGAAAAAUUUUAAUACUAAGGAGUUUGAAGGACAAUGGUAUGAAGUAGAAAAAUCAUUUUACAUGAUAGAAAUGGCUUCUAGUUGUACUUCUUUCAAUUUUACUUCAAAUGCCGAUGGAUCUUUCAAAGUCAUCGUAGGAACCAAAAAUAGGAUAACAGGAAAUUCUAAUGUAUUUUCUGGAACAGCGACGCCUGUAUCAAAACACAAUGGUGUUCUCAAGUACCAAGCCGACAGCCGGUUGCCUAAUAUUUUAUCACGUAUGGUCCCAACAUCAGGUCUUUACUAUGUUAUUUACUCAGACUAUAAAAACUAUACGAUAUUGUGGUCAUGUACAAGUUAUGGACUUUUUCAUACGGAUAUUAUAUGGAUUUUGGGAAGAGAAAGAGAUUUAUCUGCAACUUCUCGAGCUGAACUGUAUAGUUUAUUAUACGAAUUUGGAAUGAAUUCAGAACGAUUGAUACUGACACGACAUGAAAAGUGCGACAAUUUUUUUUAGCUUGUCAAUGACAUCAUAAAUACGAGUUAACAAAUAUAUUAUGUAAUUUUUUUAAUCUCUGUGCUAGUCAAUAGAUGGAAUAAACUGAAGUUUAAACUUAGAUAAUGUACAUGAAUUUAGUUUAGCUUGUACUUUAUAUAGAGUUAUAUUAUUAAAUUAUUUGUUUUUAUAGAUUAUGUAUUUUAAGUUUAUUUUAAUUUGUAAAAGUUACACUUUUGAUAGCUUAUUAAAUACUUAAUUUUAUGAGUUAAUUAUCAAAUUUAACUUAUUAUUUAAUUAUAAAAUCAGUGUAUGCAUAAAUCUAGGAGGCUUAAAAGGGCCAAACUCUCUCUAUUAGCCAUGUAAAACCAACAUAUUAAAUAAAAAAAUCACUAUAUUUUUUUAUUUGUAUACACUCCCUUCAUUAUAAAAUUCUGAAUACACUUCUGUAAAAAUUAAUUCACGAUUACAUAUUAAAAUUCGUAACCUUUAAUUAAAAAAAAAGUAAUAUUUCAAAAGUUUCAUAAAGAGAAGCAGUAACGUCAUUUCAGUAUUUUUAGAUGUGUGAUCUUUUAGUGGCUCAUAUUAUUAUAUUUUUAGGCCACUAAUAAUUAUAUCAGUUUUUAUAUAAAAAAAAAAAAAAACAUCAAAUAUUUUUUCAACUUUCAUGUUGCACAAAGGAACUUUAAAUCAACAAAUGAAGUUUAUUUAUUUUGUUUAAAUUUAAAGAGGGCCCAUUAUAAGAUGUUUAGCUUUAUUUAAUGUAAAGUCAUAACCAGUUAGUAUUUUAUGGCAUAUUAUUUUAAUAGGAUACUUUUUAAAGAAGUAGUCUUUUUGUUAGUAUUUAUUAUUAAUGUAAAUUUUUAACUUUUUAAGAACUCUUCAUAAAAUCAAAAAAGUAUUUUUUUUAAAAGCUUCAAAAUUAUGUUUUAGUUCCUCAACU